UUUCUUUCCAUUUUUCGAAAUAUCUCUCUAAUCUAGCAUUCUCUCUCGUUUUGCCUUCAAACAACAUGCAACCCAGAAAAAGACCAUAUAUCCAAACCUCCCUCAAACCCUAAAUUCCCAAACAAAAUCCCAAUCGAACUAUCAAUCAACAUAAAGAAAAUCAACCCUAAAGCUAGGUUUUGAGGAUUACCUUCCGUUUGCAAUGAAUGUUGAUAUUCGUAUUCACGUUUUCUGGUUUGUUCAUGGAUAUCUCUUUGAAUCUCCUUCCUUUUUUUGUUUCAGGUAUGACAGAAGAUGAAGGGGCGCGAUGGAGAUUGAGGAGGAGGGUGCGAACUAGCGACGGUCUGGGGUAUCAGGCGUGAAACCCAGAUCGAGAACAGCGGCGGAUCCCUUGAAGCUUCUACUUAGGGUUCGCGGAAAAGAUCGCAAAAAAAUUCAACUGAUUCUCUUUCUACUCCUUCUAUUUUCUUUCAAUUUUCGGUCCUGGCUUUGAUAUUUGUUGAAUGUUAUUAAUGGUAAUGAGUUUGUUGAUGAUGAAUUUGAUGGGGUUUUGUGAGGAACCCUCAAACUCGCUACUGUAUAUAAAUUUUUGUAGAAAACCAGUUUUCAUUUGACUUUUGCAAAGAUCGUUUCUAUGAAACCACGGUCCACCGUCAAUCAAUGGAGCCACGGUGUUCUCUGGAGGUCACCUUUCUCCCUUCGCCCUCAGAUCAGAGCUGUCGCUCCUUUCAUCGAACAAUUCCACCGCAAGAUCGCCUCCUCCGCUGGUGAAAAUCCUUUCAAGGGACACUUGACUAGUCUACCCAAGCCCGGUGGUGGUGAAUUUGGAAAGUUCUACAACCUUCCUUCUCUCAAUGAUCCGAGAAUUGAAGGGGUAUCGGCAGUGGUUGAUGUGUCGAUAGAUACCUUCAAAGAAACUUCUUCUGGCGGUGCACCUACUUUUCAUAACUGUAGGAGGCUCCCUUCUGGUUGUGUGGUUCAAGAUAUGCCAAAUGGUUACUCUAAGGUUGAUAGUUUAACUUUAACCAAUUAA